GGAUACCAUUCUGUAGACUCGGACGUAGCGGGGAUUUUCGACGGCGUCCGCAUGGCUUUCUCGUUGAGACGACAACAUGUUCCAAAAAUCCUCCUUGCCCUUGGUUCCGUCCUUUUCCUUAAACUUGUCUUCUCUUCCUCCGGUAGCAACCCUGCCAAAAACUCGGUCGAAGAAAUCAAUGUGUUCGAACGCGUAACUGGCGCCGACAAGACACUGAACGUUCAGCGAUACAAAUCUCUUCAAGCACGCAUUGGACGGGACGAGAGAGAGGAUAUAUUUGAUGAUAUUGUUCAGGAUGGAAUUGAGGAUUACUGGCAAAGGUUCCAUAUACCAUUCGUGACGGGAAGUGAUACGUCGCAGACCGACGUUCAAAACGUUCUCAAUGCCGUCGAAAGCCUCUUGUCCCUGAACGGAUGGGUUGCUGCCUAUUGCCCGACGCUCGUGCGUCCAUUUGGCCAGAAUCGCAAUAGUGAUGACGCCUACGGCGAGCUUGUUCAAGGGGACCACCUCUACUACAUCGGCCUUGCCAUCCAUUCAGCCGAUCACUUCUUGGUGGAUCAGCUUGCGGUUAUCGUCCAAAUGGCAAAACGCUUCGGAACCAGCAAUCUAUUUGUCUCAAUGCUAGAUUACGACUCCACGGACUCAACAGCUACGCUUACCGACCUAUGCGAAGCCGUACUCACCUUACUCGGCAUCCCUUAUCGUAUCCGGAGGGUCCCUGGUAUGACGGAAGACCCGACGGCCGCCUACUACCCUGCAGAGGAAGCGCACAUGCGGAACCUGGCGCUUGAACCCCUCUUCGAGCUGUAUCACAAACGUAACAUCAAGUUCAACCGCGUCAUCUGGCUGAAAGGCUUUACUUGCCCCAACGAUAUCUUCGAGACUCUCAAAGUCAGCGUGGCAAACGAGGCUGCAUUGGUUUGUGGGAUGGACUGGGCUGCCGCUGAGCUGAAUGGUCACUUUGUCUUUUCUGACCGUUGGAGGACUCGUGACAUCCGAGGCGACCAAUUCCGUCAGUCGAAGUCGUCGGAAAAACUUGACGCUGUCCCUCCACGCGAUGAAGUUGGCGCCGCGCGCUACAUUGCUCACCUCCCCUUCCAAGUGUUCUGCUGCGAAGCCGGCACCCACGUCGUCGACCCCGAGCAGUCAUACUACAAAGGCAUCAAAUAUCGCUACGGCAUAGACUUUCACAAUGCCUCCCUCUCUGACACUGCCCCUGAGCGAACACCCGACGCACAGUGCCUAGAUAGCACCCAAGCAUAUUUCUGCCGAGACCUCUGGACUUCCAAAGCCCGUGAAGGAGUUAUUGAUGAAGACACUCCUGAUCAUUCAGCGACAGCUGGCAAUCGCAAUGUCCGUCGCGACGGAGAGCAAGAUCCUGACUGGGCUCGCCGUGACGAGGAGGAUUCGGAUGCCAAUGCUGGCUCGGACUUUGACGCCAUGCCAGACUCGGAUCAGCCACUAGACUCCCUUCCCACCGGCAAAAUCUCUGUCCCUAACUCUGUAUACCAGCCUGCUCGGAUCCUCGUAAACCCGCGCUGUGUUACGACUUACGCCGGCGUAAGUCAUACCCAGCUCGCUCUGGAUCUCUUCGGCACCGGCGACGACGAGCCUCAAGGCAACGCAACCAAGUACGUUCUGGAUGACUGGGAAGGAGCGCCCGAGAGUUUUGUUUGCCAGGAGCAAAGCCAAACGGGUGGCCGAAAAGCCGCCAAAACUCAACGACUCCUCGGUUUCUCCAUUCACGAAGAACUUCGUCGCGACGAAACAGAUUUAUAGACGAGCUGUCCUCUUAGUUACAUAGAUAUACAUAAUGUAGUGCUGACUUGUUGAUCGUACGAUACCCACUAUCCUCAUCCCAAUGUGAAUGUCCAUUCACUAAUAAAAGUACUCAUCGUGCUGCCUUUCUUCUUUUCGUACCAAACCCCUUGAAGGUGACUCCAUCAUCCGAAUCAUCAUCAUCCAUUGGUGCUCGUCGUUUCUUGACCUGGGAAGCAGACUUUGGUGGUGAUAAUGUCGUGAUCUCAGGGUAAGAACCCUCCAGGACUUGUGCGUUGUCGUCCUCAUCGUCCGACUCCAAAAACAGCCGACGCUGGGAAGGCGCGGGCUCAGGUGCCUGUGUCCUCCGCGUGCUUUUCUUGACGGGCAUAGGUUCAGGUUCAGACAUGGGGUCAAGUUCAGGCUCUUUUUCCUCCGAGAAAUCCACGGUAACCGAACGUUGACGCGACAUGGCUCUUUGACUCGGGAACUGGGUGCUAGAGGCGGUCUUGGAAGAAGACAUCGUCUCCGAGCUUGCUUUCC